AGAAGGGAGAGUUUAUCCCACAAAAACCGAGCUGGAGUGAACUGCUGUCUGUAAACUCGAGCAGUGAGAGUGCUGAAACUGUUUGGUUGAUAUCUCGAGUUAUACCAAUCCAAUUAAGGCGAGUAAGAUACCAAAAGAAAGCUCUCAAGACGAGAAAUCCGUGAAGGUCUGGUUUGCAUCAAUCGGAGUAGUGGAAGGCUUCCAAAUCGUCCGAGCAAAACGAAACCUCACAGAAACGGAUCUACACCUCUAAAGAAACGAGUUAACCGGAAAACACCCAUUCUAGGGGCUGUUUUCGUAUCAACGUUUGAGGGUUGAGAUAGCACUUUGAGGAGGAUGUUUAACACUCAUAUUUAAGCAAGGAAUCAGUUCUUAAUCCACCUUGGCCAAAGCUUUGACCAUUGGAUCAAGAAGGAAAAGUUUAAAGCUCAAUUAAGGUUGAGGCUAGAGCUUGCUUCCUGUGCUCGUUGCUCGAGAGAUCAUCUAGGAGGGAAGACUUGCGAUGGAGGGUGAUGGUGGUAUUAUGAAUAGGGAGAACUCGGAAGGGUUUGCACCGGGUGGAACCGGGCAUGCCAACCGAGAAAAGCCCUUAGGACCAAAGGUGCACGAAACUCUUGAAGCUCAAAUCGUGAGUGGUGGUCAUGUUAAGACCAAGGAAGAAUCACCUUGUUAUGGCAAAACUGAACCACUCAAGGCUUCGGGUGACGAAGGAGAUGAUUUGAGUGAUGAGGACCUUGAUGGUGCACCCAUUGAACAAAUGGGCAUGGUCAUAGAUUGGCUUCAAUGUGAACGUGUGAGGCUUAUACAAAAUGCCAAGAUAGGCAAGCUGAGGGCAUACCAUUAGUAAGGAAAAGGAAGCGGGGAGACCACGAUUCCCAAAGACAUUCAAGGAGGACAAACGUUGAGGGUGACAAAACCUUCAGGACGCAGACACUAUCACUUAAGUGGAGUCGAGGCUCGGGUGGCCCGAACUCGAGGUCAAAAGGUCCGAGGGUACCUAAGUGCAACAAUUGCAAGAAACACCACUCGGAUAAGUGUCAGGACCCUCCCAGGUGCUAUCAAUGCACAGAGGUCGGGCACACGAGAGUGAGUUGCCCACAAAUUGUGCAAAACCAAACUUCGGGGUCAAGUGGUGGAACUACAAGAAAUGAAAACCAAACCUAGGUUUCUCAAGGGAGAAGGGGACAUGGGGGAGCAAGCACGAGCAACGCACCAUCCGUGAACCAAGGAAGGACCCAAGCUAGGGUCUUUGCGAUGACGGAGGCGGAUGCUCAAGCUAACCCGGAUUCCGUUGAAGGUAUUACCUAUUGUAUACUUGUGUUUUAUCCUUAAUUAGUCCAUAAAUUGAGGUUACUAGUCGUUGGGAUCGUUGCACGAAGCUUUGGGGUCGAACCGGGAGGAUUUCGGGCAAUUUCGGGAUAUUUUCGCCCAGGCACGAUCGUGCCUAAGGGCACGCACGAUCGUGCCUACAUGGCAAUAGCUCCCUAGGCUUUUUCCAAGCUAGGCACGAUCGUGCCUACCCCCAGGCACGCCGUGUCUGGCACCUAGAAUGCCGAAAACCGAUUUUUCGCACCGUUUUGCGACGUUAAGACCUUUUCUUGAUCCCUAACGUGUGUGUGAACAUUGCAACCUUCUAUAAAUGAGUAGGGAGGGUAGGAAAGAUGUCUUACAUGGUUCAUGAAUGUAGGGACACUAAAGAUUAAUGGGAAGGAUGCGCAAAUCCUUAUCGAUACCGGGGCGCAACGUUCAUUUGUGAGUGAAGCGUUCGCCAAGGAAUUGGAAGUGCAAUCCGCACUGUUGAUGCAAACCUUAGUGGUAUCAACACCACUAGGGGAUGACAUGGAAAGAACUUGUUACUAUCCAUCUUGUGGGGUGGAAGUUAAUGGUCAAACCUUGACGUGUGACUUCGUACCGCUGAGCAUGAUUGAAUUAGAUGCAAUCCUAGGGAUGGAUUGGCUAGAAAGGAACCAUGCUAGGGUAGAUUGCUACACGAAGGUUCUUGAACUCGAAGGCAAUGAUGGGGAGACCCUACGCUUCGAGGGUGAUCGAGGGAGAUCAAACAGCUGUAUCAUAUCCGACGUGAGAGCGAGAAGUAGGAUGAGAAAGGGAUGCCACGCAUAUCUAGCAUACGUGGUUGACAAAACUAAAGAGGAAACGAACAUCGAUGAUGUGAGGGUGGUUUGUAAGUACCCGGAUGUUUUCCCUAAAGACCUACCGGGGCUUCCACCUGAUAGGGAGAUUGAAUUUGUGAUUGCGGUCGAGCCCGGUACGAAACCAAUCUCUAUACCGCCAUAUCGGAUGGCACCUGCUGAACUUAAUGAAUUGAAAACCCAAUUGCAAAAGCUAUUGGGUAAUGGUUUCAUUAGACCAAGCCACUCCCCGAGGGGAGCACCAGUUCUUUUUGUGAAAAAGAAAGAUGGGACACUUCGAAUGUGUAUUGACUAUCGUCAACUGAACAAGGUCACAAUCAAGAAUAGGUAUCAUUUGCCUAGGAUUGAUGACUUGUUUGAUCAACUACGAGGGGCAACUGUGUUUUCAAAGAUUGACUUGAGGUCGGGUUACCAUCAAUUGAAGAUUAAGGAAGAUGACAUACCAAAAAGUGCUUUUCGCACAAGGUAUGGACAUUUUGAAUUCCUUGUUAUGUCGUUUGGGUUAACAAAUGCCCCAACGGCAUUCAUGGACUUGAUGAACCGAGUAUUUCAUAAAUACUUGGACCGAUUCGUGAUUGUGUUCAUAGAUGACAUCUUGAUUUACUCAAAGAGUGAAGAAGAACAUGAGGAGCACUUGAUACUUGUCCUUGAGACACUACGGGGGAAGCAACUCUAUGCCAAAUUUUCUAAAUGUGAAUUUUGGCUAAAGGAAAUUGGCUUUCUCGGGCAUGUGGUUUCGGGAUCGGGAAUUGCUGUUGAUGACAAGAAGAUAGAAGCCAUUACCGAAUGGGAGAGGCCAAAGAACGUCAAGGAAAUUCGUAGUUUCCUUGGGUUGGCAGGCUACUACAGAAAGUUCGUGGAGAAGUUCUCCGUUUUGGCAUCACCAUUGACGAAGCUCACUCGUAAAGGAGCUAAGUUUGUAUGGGAUGACAAAUGUGAGAAAGGGUUCAUUGAACUAAAGAAGAGAUUGACCGAGGCACCGGUACUUGCAUUACCCAAACAGGGUAUGGGGUACGAUGUCUAUAGUGACGCGAGCAUCCAAGGGUUUGGAUGUGUGUUGAUGCAGGAGGGGAGGGUAAUUGCCUAUGCUUCACGACAGUUGAAGAAGCAUGAGGUAAAUUACCCUACCCAUAAUCUAGAGCUGGGAGCAGUGGUGUUCGCACUGAAGAUUUGGAGGCAUUAUCUCUACGGGGAGACAUGUCAUAUAUAUACUGAUCAUAAGAGCUUGAAGUACGUGUUUACUCAGAAAGAGUUAAACAUGAGACAGAGACGGUGGAUUGAGUUGAUAAAGGACUACCACCUAGUUAUUGAGUACCAUCCAGGUAAGGCAAACGUUGUAGCAGAUGCCCUCAGUCGGAAGAGUUCGUCUGGGGCAUUGUUGACUAGUUUGAGGGCAUUGAGGGACCAAUUGGAUGUAUCUAGCGAUGGUGCCUUAUUGGCACGAUUUGAGGUGAGACCGACCUUACUUGAGGAGAUCAAGAAGGGUCAAGAGACUGACGCAGAACUUAUGAAGGUCCGGGAACGCAUGCAAGCGGGACCGGUGGAGGAUUUCAGGGAAAGAGAUGAUGGUCUCUUGUUAUUCCGUGACCGAGUGUGUGUAGCGUCAGAUGACGAGCUCCGAAAGUCCAUCUUACAGGAGGCUCAUUCAUCGGCUUAUGCCAUGCACCCGGGGGGCACGAAAAUGUACCGUGAUUUGAAAGAAAGUUACUGGUGGUCUGGUAUGAAGAGGGAAAUAGCCGAAUACAUCAGUCGAUGCCUUACUUGUCAGCAAGUUAAGGCAGAACAUCAGCAUCCAGUAGGCUUAUUACAACCACUUUCCAUUCCUGAAUGGAAGUGGGAACAUGUGACUAUGGAUUUCGUGGUAGGUUUACCACAGACAAUUCAGAACUAUGAUGCAGUUUGGGUUGUUGUGGAUAGGCUCACGAAGAGUGCACAUUUCUUGCCUAUCAACACUACCUACCCACUUGAGAGGUUAGCCAAAUUGUAUAUGGAUGAGAUCGUGCGGCUACAUGGGGUUCCAGAGACCAUUGUAUCCGAUAGAGACCCACGAUUCACCUCACGUUUUUUGCCAAAAUUUCAGGAGUCUAUGGGAACGAGGUUGAAGUUCAGUAAUGCUUUCCACCCACAGACGGAUGGGCAGUCUGAAAGAGUCAUACAGAUCUUAGAAGACAGGCUGAGGGCUUGUGCAUUGGAGUUCCAAGGAAGUUGGGACAACCACUUAGCACGUGUGGAGUUUGCCUAUAACAACAGUUAUCAAGCAAGCAUCGGCAUGCCUCCAUACGAGGCAUUGUAUGGGAGGAGGUGCCGUACACCGUUAUGCUAGGAAGAGGUUGGCAUGGCCAAACUCGAGGGUACUGAGUUGGUUGAGGUCACCAAGUCAAAGGUGAAGUUGAUUCGAGAGAGACUCAAAGCGGCUCAGGAUAGACAAAUGAGUUAUGCAGAUAAGCGUCGAAGAACCUUAGAGUUUAAGGUUGAUGACGAAGUAUUCUUGAAAGUCUCUCCUUGGAAAGGAAUCAUUCGAUUCCAAACCCGAGGAAAGCUUAACCCUUGAUAUAUAGGUCCAUUCAGAAUUAUAGAGAGGAUUGGGGCCGUAGCAUAUCGCCUGCAGUUGACUCCUGAAUUAGAGAAGAUACAUAAUGUGUUUCAUGUAUCCAUGCUUAAGAAGUAUGUACAUGAUCCCUCUCACGUGUUGGAAAAGCCGCCUGUAGAUGUACGUGAGGAUUUGAACUACGCUGUGCAACCAAUCAAGGUCACCGAUAGAAAGGUCAAGAAACUGAGGAGCAAAGAAGUCCCCAUGAUUAAAGUACUUUGGAAGAGCGAUCGGGUCGAAGAAGAGACAUGGGAAACAGAGGCUUUGAUGAGGAAGCAGUAUGCCUUCCUAUUCGAGUAGAGCUGUGAAUUUCGGGGACGAAAUUCCUGUUAAGGGGGGGUGAACUUGUGACACCGCACCCGAACGUCCUUGAAAAUUCAAUUUAAAGAUUCAAAGUUUAUGCAUUGAAUUUCUAAUUCCCAAACAAUUGUAAAUGAUUGAUGUUUUACGUAAUUAAUGAUCGAUUAUUAUACUGUUCGAACUCGUAUAUUAGUGUCGGGCUUGCGAAUACUCGUUUGGGCCUUAUUAAUAAAUAAAAGAGCCUAACAUUAUCUAAAUAGUGAUACAUAACGUUUCAAGACAAGUUGAGGAAGGGUGGGCGGCCCAGAUAUUAUUUUGGGCUCAACCCGCUAAAAUAGCAAGUAUUCGAGAAUGGCGUCGUAGGCCCACUCGGGGGUGACCCACACGGCUGGUAGUCCAAUAAUAUGGAUGACAAAUGUCGAAAUAAGUGAUAGGAUGAUUUGAGGUGAAUACAAAUGCCUAUGAUCCCAUCUUUGACAUUAUUGAGCUAAAUAAUGGGAGUAGGAUUUUUCCUUCUAUAAUAUCCAUCAAGUAAAUUUUUGAGAUGAGCCUACACAUAUUGGAGAUCAAUAAUGUGAUGUAGGAAGUUGACUUGUUCUAAAUAAGUUAGGAUGAGUACAAAAAGACAUCUUGGACAAAAGAUAAAACAAUAGAACCCAUCUUCCCAUUUUUGGAAGUAUUGAUAGAUAUUUUGGACCCAGGGCCGUCUCCAGCAAUUUUGUUGCCCCAGACAAAAAGUGGCUAAUGAGAUCAAAUAGUACUUCACAUUAAUAACAUAAUUAAAUAUCAAGUAAUUAUAACAUUAUAACGCCAUUUUCAUUAAAAGCCUCUUUGGUGAUUCUGUUUUUCAGCUUAUGAGGCUUAUCAGUCAACUUUUUAACCAAAUAUGUAACUUUUGAUUUCGCAAGAUAAAUAGUGUAAUAAUAAGAAAAUGUAAGGUUGAAGUUACUUUUCUGGCUGUAUUGGCUGAAGUUAGUGUAGAUGGCUAUUUUAACUAUUUUUUAAUACUACGUAUAAUUUUUUCUUUAUUUUAUUAAUAAAAUAAAUUUUAAAUAUAAUUUUUUUUAUGAAUCAACAGAAUCAAUCAAUACUGUCACUUCAGUCAGAACUUCAUAAACUUCAGCAGAAUAAACUGAUUCCUAACUCACGCAGCCCGGCUGAUCGCUAAAGGCGCAAAGCAAAACUGCAACUUGGUUGAAUAUUGGAUAAUCAUAAACUCCGUAUUACUGUAUUAUUAAUAUAUUAAUAUAUACAAUAAUAAUAGCUUUUUUAUUAAAAAAUGGUGCCCCUUGGGGGAGUGGUGCCCUAGGCCAUUGCCUAGGUGCCUACCCCCCAUGGACGGCUCUGUUUGGACCCCAAAAUAAUUGGGAUCAAUGGGGAACCACUCCACAUGAUAUUAGUACCUGCAAGACAAAUAAAAAUGGGUGAGAAGACUUACCUUGGCCGACCACCAUGGAGAGGAGCUGCACAAGUGAUACACUUGUAAUUUCCGUAUGUAUGUUUACGUUUUUAGCUAGUUUUGGUUGUUUAGUAUUUCGGAAAUUACACACUUUUGGUGUAAUAGUUUAGUUUGUUAAAUUCUUGUAAUUUGUUUAGAUUAGAUUUAUUCUGAGCUUAAACAGGUCCAAGAUCAAUCAAAUGAUCAAAGGUGAAGGAAUGUGCAAGAGUAGAAGACAAAAAGAAGGAAAAACUCCUGAUUUUGGGGUAUACUCGGUCGAGUAUACCUUAUACUCGAUCGAGUACCAAUACUGAUUUUCAAGGAUCCGAUCCGGGAACAAAUGAACAUGCAAGGAAAGAUUUGGCCACGUUCUAUUGUCAUACCCGAUCGAGUACACCGACAUACUCGAUCGGGUAUACAUAUAAAAUCUACUCGAGUAUUGAUCAAGUAUUGACCAAAUUCAGGUUUCUACACAUACUCGAUCCAGUAUAUGUACAUACUCGAUCGAGUACUCGGCCUGCACUUCAAAAAGCCUAUAAAUACACCUCCUUUCCUUCACUUUAAGGACACCAAUUCAUAUACACUCUUAAGCUCAGUUUAGAAUAGUAUUUCUUUUAUAUUUUUAUAGCAUGUUUAGUCUCCAAAUGAGGAGCUAAACUCUUCCAUCUUGGUUUUGCUACUUUGAAGCUUAAUGAAUUUGUAAGUUGUGAGUUACUCUCUUUAAUCUUCUUCCUUGA